CGGAAAUAGAUGUAACAGGAAGCUGAAUUGUGGGGAAAUCUUACCAUCUCGCGGAUCAGUUACUAUACGGAACAGAAACUAUGGAAUGUAGUCAGAACAAUCCUAAGCAAGGCACAGCUUACAGCCACAACAGGAAGCUCUAACUCUCGUGUUGGCGCCCGCCACAAUCAAUGACGGAAUACCCAAUGGGCAAAUGAGCAAUGAGAUAUUGAAUCCGCACGAUACUGUACUAUGGUCCAUCAGUCCGUCAGCUCCUCUUUUUCCCCUCUCUCGCUCUGCCGCGCCUCUUCUCUAGUUCGCAAGUGACAAAGUACGUGGAUCCAUUUACACACAUGAUUUCUUACAUCUCGCAGGAGGCUAGGUAGAGUGCGUACACCGAAUGAGCUCAAUUGUGCCAGGUAAAGAAGAUGCGCGACAUCGAUUCUGAAGUUACAUCGCCACCAAGAUCUGUCAGCCAAAUCAGGCAGCGUCUCCGCAGAGCUCUUCUUCUAUCUCCGCAACCCUGUCUUACUGCGGACCGAGACGAGAUGUCUUGUGGUUAUUCCUCAAACACAAGAUUACCAUACUAUUACUCUGCUACAGGCCUGGAGCUACCUAGAGCUGGCGGAUUCUCGGGAACUGACUCUGGGGUGAGGGUGAACCCAUGCUUUGCCGCUUUGACAGUAGAGUCACAACGGCAUCCGUUCCUCAACGCUCACAAGUACGAUUACGCUCGCACGUACGGAGUAGGGUACGAUUACGAUACAACCCAUACAUAGCUCUUCUCUGCUCCAUACUGCACGGCCGCGGGCAACUUGGCGUCACAUGUAUACGGGUAGGCGCCGGAGAUCACACGUAUCUCCAGAAUCCAAACAAAUAAACAAACACACAAGCAUGCAAUCAAGCCAUCAAGCAAGGGAGAGUCGACGUCGACACCUCCCUUUUGAAGCUAAGCUAUGCACAGAUUGGAUUCCGAGCAUCUUCCACACUAUCGACUGGCCACGACGAUCUGUGGGUUUGCCUCUCAAAAAGAGACACGUCGAGAUCAACGCCAUGUUUCUCCACGACCAAAUCCGGCGUUGUUCCUCUGCAUUACUCUAUCUGUCGGUAUCUUUUGUACAGAGCCUGUCUCGAACCUCCGCACUUCAUGGAUGAGAUUAUGCAUGGGGGGGAGCGGGGUUCUGUGGCAGAGAUCCGGUCAAUGUCGUUGUUGCGAUUGGUCGGGAAAUCCACAAGGCUGGGAACAGUUUCAAGUAUAUUCGGCCCUUCAGACGCGGAACGCGACAGACGCGACCAAGACACGAACCCAACACGUCUCGUCCACACACAUCACCAAGCCAGUCUUUAGAUGGGGAAAGCGAAAAACCAAAACGCUCUAAUCUAUGGGUCCCACGAUGGGUCCAAUGAAUCCUGCAAGACCCAUUCGGCGAUAUAUGAGGGGAAACGCGCAAUAUUCUCCACAAUACUGACCAUCUUUACCCAGAGCAAGACCCUUCCCCCUGUCUACCCCGCUCUUUAUGGUUUUACGCAGGUCUUAAGUUCUUGCGUGUUGGAAUCGCGCGAUGCAUGACGUAUUUACGCGCUUUUCACCAGAUAUCGGUCGCGAUCCAUUGACCAAUCUGACACGUCUUUUCGCUUUUCGCCCCCAGUCCUCACUAUCGACUUUCGAUGUUGAGUGGCGGCCAGAGAGGCGGCCGACCCAGGCAGAUGGGAUUCUGAGCUGGCAUCGAGUGGCGCUUUGGAAUACAGAGCAUAUGCCCAGACUUGUCCAACGCGCUCCUUGGACGGAGCCUUGGACGCGUGCAUAAUGGCGGCGAGAAGAUCGAUAUUCUAUGACGUUACAAUGGAUACGAGCGUGGGCGGCACUGUGACUCCGGAUAGUUGGAUUCGAUGCCUGAGUUCGAUGCAUAGCAUCACAGCCACCAGUGGAGAAGGCAAGCACAUACAGUAGGUGAGUGCAUAAGGAUAUUUUACAGAUUGUACUGUACGAACGUGGGCGCCACUGUCUCUCCAGAUACUUGGGUUCAAUCCAUAGUAUCACGCAUAUCAGCGGGGAAGGCAAGCCCAUAGGUGAGCGAGCCCAAAAAAGGUACGCCUUGUAGGUCUCGAUCUCCAAUUUAUCAUGUUCAGCUACUCUUGAUAGCUCUUCCUCCUAUCUGUCACGUGCGUCCUUCGUUCUUUGUCGUCUUAAUAUCUUCACUUUCCAAAAAUAUUCUUUCAAUAAGCCGGGGACAUUAUUUCUCCUGGACCUGCUCGCUUGCUCUAUAUGGCUGAACAAUCAUUUGUUUUAAAAUUUUGCCAUCACCUUUGGUUCUAAAACCGAAUCCGGGAAUGUCGGUGAUGCUCUUUGCUUGCCGCUUCAGGGCCCCUUUGUUCUUUCGUCGCUUGCAGCCAAGAAUGCGCCGGAAAUUAAUCAAGUCAUGAAAGAACUUCAAAGAAAACUCUAUGCUUCCAACCUUUUAUGUCCCAGUGGCCCCCAGAAUAUGUGCUCUAUGCUUCACGAGAGUGCUACAGAACCUUCGAAGUCGAUCCCAAACCUGGUUUUCAGAACAAACUACUCUACAACACAGUCAGGUCAAAAGCAAAUCAUAUAUAGAUAUACCUGAAGCACAUCAUACUUGUGCUCGUUGAGACACAGUUUUCGAAACCUCGACGAAACAAUAUCAAGGAAUCUACCUCGCUGGUAGUGCGUUUGGAGCGAAAAUGGCAUCUCAGGAGGCAGAGCAACAGCUCAGCACGUAUCGCGGCAGGCCCCAACCACCUGUCAAUGAGCGUCUGCAGCAAAUCUACAAUUUUUUGGCGGACGAAGAUUACUACCGUUGCUUAAACUUCACUCAAAAGCUCCAGGAUAUCAAGGACUACAUCGCUGAUCUGGAGACUGGAAAGCAAGUAUUAGUACAGGCCGACGAGGAUCUCUUGAGUCUAAUAGCCGACCAAAUUAAAAUCCAUGAUCACUGGAUUGAAGAGGCAACUAAAAUCACACCUUUCGAAUUCAAUUCUCCCCUCCUUCGACACCGCAAUCGCUUCGGUCUUCCUGGGUGGGAACCUAAGCCCGGACUGAUCGAUUUUGAGCUUGCAGACCUUCCGACCUACGAGAUGGACACCCCCAUAAUAGAAGCAAAGCUACAUGUAACUUUGCAAGAAGACACCGGCAGAAAACUGCCCAAGCAACCAGAUCCAUUUGAGUACACGAGGAAGGUCGCCAAGUACAGACAGGCUCAGGACGUGAUAGCCCAGACUGUCAGAGAACGCUAUAACAGAGGCGACGCUUUUGCGUUCAACCCUUUGCCGCGGAAUUUCAAGGGGCCUUGGGUACCUCCAUCACCGGAAGCGCUGUUGAAGAAAUGGGAAGAGAUGCGGAUAAGGCUCCUGGAACUCAGCGAGGAUCUAUUACUUACGCAGCGAGUGGCACCACGGCUCUCUAUCAAUCAAGUUGCCCAUAUGAUAACGACGAUUUUCAAGACUACUGGUCCGCCAAACGACGUGUUGAUGGAAGACGAUUUCACCCCGUCUGAUAUGGCGAAACUUCGUGUUCUCACAGAGCCCUCCACUCACCGAACCAAGCCAUCCAAUCUCCGGGGACCAUAUCUCACUUUUGUGGCUAGAGUCAACGGUAUUAUCCGCAGCUCUGACACCUGGCCCAAGGAGGUUGAGGAACCGGUGAGUGUAACUGUUCUGUUUGACAAAGUAAUUGCCAAGGGGCCGCUUGAUUUGGACUACCCUGAGAUGAUGUGGACGCUGGAACUUAUGGACCGAGAUAAGAAUCUCAGGUACGACAAGGCCGCCAAUGUAGUGAGGGCGCCGUAUCCAAACAAUCAUCCGGAGGACAGAGCUACUGCACGCCCUGGGAAAUGGAGCGUCGGCUCCAUCGGCGUCACACUCAGCGAAUGGGCCUACCUCGGCCUGCGCCUCGCAAGAGCGACCAUGAAGAUCUCAGCCCAAGUCGAGAUCGCACACGCGAAUGAAAACUACAUGAAACUAGUGGUGACUGAGUACACAAAGAACCUAGCAGAGCGGGUUCGCGCCUGGGAAAGAGAGGUUGACGGCACAAGAGGCAACUACAGCCUCAUUGAAAUCGCCACACCUCUAGUCAAGGACGCCGAUAAGGAUGAGCUCACUGAAGAACUCGCUCUCCAAAUCCUGCAGGAGAAAAUCGUCGAAGAGAGCAAUCGCAACUGGGAACCACGCGCUACCCCAACGACGAUAUGGGAUUGGACCCGGAAGAGCGACCGCGUCCCUCUGACUGAAGAGUGCUUCUCUAUCAACCGCUGGACCCCCUCGAUCCAACACAUGGGCGACAUGGAUAAGGAGAACAGGUACUUGGAAUGGGCUAGGAACCAACAGCCCGACGACUCUGGAGAUGGACACUCCCACAAGCGGAGGAAGCUCAUCCAAGGCGAGCCGGUCUUUCCGUUGGGCGAAACGUCGAAGCAGCAGGAGGCUAUAAGUAACAGGAUUGAUGGGCAACUUCGCGGUCUUGGGAAUAAGGAGUUUGACGGGAUAUAUGGGCCUGAGGGGUCCUAUACUCGGAAACAGAAGGCUGCUCGACAGCGAGAGGCUGAGGAGAAGGCUAAGGCGGCGGCGGCUGCGGAGGCACUGGCUAAAGAACUGGCUGCGGGAGGGAAGGGUAAGGAACCAGAAUCAAGGGCUCAGGCCAAUGAACCGGCUGCGGGGGGAAAGGGUAAAGAACCAGAGUCAGGGGAACAGACCCAAGAACCGGCUACAGGGGGAAAUGGUGAGGAACCGGAGCCAGUGGCACAGGAUGCAUUACCGGAGACAAACCCGGGCAGACGCGCCAGGGCCAGAGGCGCAGGUGGAGGUGGAGGUGCACAGGCGGGGACAGGGGCGUAGAUUGAUAUGGGGGCACGCAGACGGAGAGAGACGCACAGACGGAGAUUGAGGCACGGAAGGAGAUAGGGGCACAGACAGACGCUGCAGAGCUACAGGUCGACAAAUCUGAGACAGGGGCGCCGGUGGGCGAACCUGAGGCAGUGGCAUUGAUGAACGAAACCUGAGACAUCGUAUCGGACGGAGAUGAUAGGGAGGUGCAUUCUUUUGUUGAGGUUUUUUUACUUUUGUAGGUAACUGCGGAUAUGCAAACCUACUGUAAUGUCCGGGAUCGACUGUUCUAUAUUUUUUGGUUUUCCGAGUCGAGUCAGGAGUUUAUGUAGUUUGCAGGAGUGCAAUAUGCAAUAUCACAGACGAUCAUUUUGGGGUUUAAUUUGCAAGGUGAUCGAUCAUAUGCCAUGGCCUACGUCCACC